GAUGCGUCAGAGCGCAGUGUUUCAGCGCGGUGCGCUUUGUCAUGGUGUCAUCCGCCCCUUGGCUCUUUCUGCUCUGUUCUCUCUUGGAGCGGCUUUAUAUGCAGCGGAAUCCACACACACACACACACACACAGCUACACUAAGGGUACACACUUUCUGCGUAUGAUCACAAGAUCCAGUUCCAUUGCUAUACGGAUUAAUACUGACAUGAAGAGUGCAUGAGAAACAGCGAGCAAGCGCGAGCGAGUGUGCGGAUUUACGCCUGGACUGUUUCUCAUUCAGAGGGUUUGUCAAGAUUAUUGCUUGGUGUGGGCUCAGUCAUUCACUGCCUCACAUUAUGAGAACAAGACUGGAGUAUUGGGAGAGGGUUGCUUGGAUAAGUCAAAGUUCUGACAUCAAUUCGCAGGCACUCGGAUGAAGUCGCCAGGUUUCUAAAUGCGUCUCCCCGAGCAGCCGAGAACAAUGAGCACCGGUUCUGGCAACUUUCUGCUAGUCCCAAUACCGGAGUACCCAGGCCUGGACUGUGUGCCUAAUAAAAAUGUGAAAAUAGUCGUUCUUGGAGCUAGCAACGUCGGGAAAACAGCCUUAAUAGUACGAUUUCUGACCAAGAGGUUUAUCGGUGAUUAUGAAGCCAACACAGGGGCCUUGUAUUCAAGAAAGAUCAAUCUUGAAGGAGAGCAGGUUUCACUACAAGUGCAGGACACUCCUUGUGUCUCACUGCAGGAUGAUGCAGAGGGUCUGUACUGCCAGGAACAGAUUAACCGCUCCAUCUACUGGGCAGACGGCUAUGUGCUGGUCUUUUCCAUCACGGACAUGCAUAGCUACCGGACCAUUCAGCCACUCUAUGAGCAUGUGCGCCGCAUCCACCCGAGCGGCAACAUCCCUAUAAUCCUCGUAGGCAACAAGAGUGACCUUCUGAGGGCUCGCCAGGUACCUACAGAUGAGGGCCAGGCACUGGCAGCUGAGCUUGGAGGACACUAUUUUGAAGCUUCAGCCAGGGAGAAUCAUGACGGUGUGCAGGCAGCAUUCCUGCACUUGUGUCAGGAGGUGAGCCGGGCACUGGGAGGGGUGAACGGAGAGAAGAGGAGGGGAGGAUUGCACCUUGUCCGGCCAAAGAGUCCCAACAUGCAGGACCUGAAAAGAAGAUUCCGGCAAGUGCUCUCUUCUAGAGGGAAAUCGACAACUGCAGUGUGAUGAUAUCGUAAUGCCAGUCAUUGAUUUACAGUCUGAGGAGACAAACAACACAAUAUGUACUCUUAACUAGAUUUUUCACUGCAGCAUCCAUGUACCUCUAGUAAACACGGGGGGGGGGCUUUUAUCUGAUUUUAAACAAAGACAAUCUUUGCCUGGAAGAACACUAAUAUGUAGAAUGAUAUAAUGAUUUAUCAUUACUGAUGUACCAUUAUAAUAUAUUAAUGAUAAAUAAAGAUACGUUAUGUUAAAGAUAUGUAUUUUUUCACAAUUUGUGAUUUUAGCUCAUAAUAUUAUUACAGAUGUUUUAUCAUUCAAUUAAAAAUACAGAGAUGAUGUGUGAUGAAAUGAUUGGCUAAGAACAUGGCCAGGGCUUUUCCAGGCUUUUUCAUUAUUGCUGUGUGCUAAAGUAAGCUUUUAGACAAGUAAAGCUCUUAAACACCCUUAGAUGGAAAAAAAAGAUUUUUUCUAUUUGGUAUAUCUGCCCAUGAAUUUGAGAAUUAUUUUUAGUUAUUUAGUUAAGUUAUUUCUAAGAUUCCUUGUAUGGCUGAUUUCCAUAUAUAGAAAGGAGGACAAGCAACUGGUGGUUCUCAUGAACUUUGACUCGCAUAGGCUAUGUGAAGCCAAAGCAGGGGUUGGGCGAAUGUUUUAUAUUUCAUUCACUUAUUCUUUUAUUUAUCCUUCCCCACUUGCGAGGGGGAAUUUUACAGCUCAAAGCUGCUUCCCUGUAACAGAUAUUCUGGAAUGUGAUGCUUACUCAUUGCAAACAGUCUUUGACCCUUAAUCUUGUGUCUUUGACAUUCGACCUUUGAUUUUCCUGUCCUGAUCAGAAGCAGAUUUUACUGCAGAGUGCCUUGUUUUUCUGUCUAUUUUAUUGUGAACAAAGAAAAUGUUGUAAAAGUGACAUUUUGAUAUGUUUUGUGUUUAUUUUUUUUCCUUGUUGCUGAAUUCCUUGUAGAAACACAAAGGCAUCCUUUACUAAUUAUAGAUAUUGUUCCUGCUCAUUAUAUGUAGUUCUGUAUAUAAACAGAACAAAGGUACAGAGGAUUCUGUAAUCAUUUCCACAUUUUAAAGAUACUAUAAGACUA